CACAUAGCGGGUUUUGGUGUGGAUCCAUCAGUUUCCAUAUACGUGGAGAAACCCUUUGAAGAAUCUAUUCUCCGUUCCUUUCGACCCCGCCCGCCCUCUCUGUAGUUCUCCCUGGCUUUCUUUCUUUCUUUCUGACUCUCUUACCGUCGCAGCUGGCUAGUGGGCUUCUCCCCAAAAAAUGAGCAGUUGGAAGAGUUUAGUUCUUCGAAUCGGAGAGAAAUGCCCUGAGUAUGGCGGAAUUACCGAUUCCAAAGAUCACAUUGAGACAUGUUUCGGAGUGGUUCGGCGAGAGUUGGAGCACUCGGGAAUGGAUAUUUUGACUUUCCUGCUUCAGUGUGCUGAACAACUGCCGCACAAGAUUCCUUUGUAUGCAACGCUGGUUGGUUUGUUAAAUUUAGAGAAUGAGGACUUCGCCAGAAAAGUAGUGGAGAAUACUUACACUAAUUUGCAGGAUGCUCUGGAUUCUGGCAAUUGCAACAGCAUUCGUAUAUGGAUGCGGUUUCUCACCGCUAUGAUGUGCAGCAAAGUCGUCCAACCAAAUUCUCUAGUGUUUGCCUAUGAGGCACUUUUAUCAUCUGCAGCAACAACAGUGGACGAGGAGAAAGGAAAUCCUGCUUGGCAAGCAUGCGCUGACUUCUACAUAACUUGUGUUCUAUCCUGUCUCCCUUGGGGAGGAGCUGAACUUGUUGAGCAAGUUCCUGAUGACAUUCAGAGUGUUAUGUCUGGCGUACAAGGUUAUUUCAGCCUUAGAAGACGUGUUUCUGAUAGUGGUUUCUCUGUUUUCAAGGACGCUGAUGACACUGAGAACGCGCUUGAUGAAAAGGAUUUCUUGGAAGAUUUAUGGGGUUGGAUCCAGGAUCUAUCCAACAGAGGGUGGAAACUUGACAGUGUUCCCAGGCCUCACCUUUCAUUUGAAGCUCAGCUGGUAGCCGGAAAGUCUCAUGAUUUGGCGCAGAUCAGCUGUCCUAAGCCACCCGAUCCACCUGCAGUACUCUCUGCUGUAGCUUGUGGCAAGCAGAAGCAUGAGGCUGAAUUGAAAUAUCCUCGAAGGAUACGCAGGCUUGACAUCUUUCCUACAAGUAAAAUGGAGGAUAUACAACCUAUAGAUCGCUUUGUUGUUGAAGAGUAUUUACUGGAUGUGCUUUUGUACCUGAAUGGCUGUCGAAAGGAAUGCGCUUCCUACAUGGUUGGUCUACCUGUGACUUUUCGAUAUGAAUAUCUCAUGGCAGAAACCAUAUUCUCUCAGCUUCUCUUUUUGCCCCAUCCCCCAUUCAAGCCUAUGUACUACACUUUGGUUAUUAUUGACCUUUGUAAGUCUCUUCCAGGGGCCUUUCCGGCUGUUGUAGCUGGUGCCGUUCGUGCUCUGUUUGAUAAAAUAGAUGAUUUAGACAUGGAAUGCCGCACACGCCUUAUCCUUUGGUUCUCUCACCAUCUAUCUAACUUUCAAUUUGUUUGGCCAUGGGAGGAAUGGGCUUUUGUCUUAGACCUUCCAAAAUGGGCCCCGCAGCGUGUUUUUGUUCAAGAGGUUUUGGAGAGAGAAGUCCGUUUGUCAUAUUGGGACAAAGUUAAGCAGAGCAUUGAGAAUGCCCCUGCUUUGGAGGAGUUGCUUCCUCCGAAGGGUGUACCAAACUUCAAAUAUGGCGGUGAAGGUGGUAGAGAUGGAACUGAACAUGCACUUUCUUCAGAACUCAGUGGCAUGGUGAAAGGAAGGCAAACUGUCCGUGAAAUUAUUUCGUGGAUGGAAGAAAGUGUAAUUCCUGCUCAUGGUUUUGAAAUUACACUCAGUGUGAUUGUUCAGACCCUUCUUGACAUAGGUUCAAAAAGCUUUACUCAUUUGAUCACUGUCUUGGAGAGGUAUGGUCAAGUGAUUGCGAGGAUAUGCCCAGAUCAAGAUAAGCAAGUAAUGCUGAUAGAUGAAGUAAGCUCUUACUGGAAGAACAGUGCUCAAUUGACAGCUAUAACCAUUGAUAGAAUGAUGGGUUAUCGUCUUAUAUCUAAUAUGGCCAUUGUGAGAUGGGUCUUCUCUCCCGUGAACUUUGAGCUGUUUCAUACCUCUGACCGUCUGUGGGAGAUUCUUAGGAAUGCUGUUAAUAAGACCUAUAAUCGUAUUUGUGAUCUAAGAAAAGAGAUCUCUACCCUCAAGAAAGGUGUUGUGUCAGCUGAGGAAGCCGCAACUAAAGCUAAAGCAGAGUUGGAGGGCGCUGAGUCACAGCUGACUCUAAUGGAUGGUGAACCUGUUCUGGGGGAAAACCCUGUGAGAUUGAAGCGCUUGAAAGCUAGAGCUGAAAAAACAAAAGAGGAGGAGGUAUCGGCUCGUGAAUCUUUAGAGGCGAAGGAGGCUCUCCUUGCUCGAGCCCUUGAUGAAAAUGAGGCACUGUUCCUUUCCUUGUUUAAGAACUUCUCAACUGUCAUGACGGAACGUCUAGAUGAUGCCUUUAGAGAUGGAGCAUUGCAGCAGCCUAGUCAAGCAGAUGAAAUGGCGAUUGACCUUGAAGACACAUCUGCCAUGGAGCUGGACAAAGAAAAUGCAAAACCUGAGAAAAGCCAUUCAAAUGGGGGAAGUGCUGGCAAUGGCUAUAAGGUUGGUGAAAAAGAGCAAUGGUGUUUAUCAACUCUUGGUUGCGUGAAGGCCCUUACAAGGCAAUAUGCUUCCGAGAUAUGGCUGUACAUGGAGAAGUUAGAUGCAGAGGCAUUGUCAGGAGAUGCACACCCUCUCUUUCGAAAGGCCGUAUAUUCUGGGUUGCGUCGACCUUUGAAUGGGUCGUGAUCUGGUCAACAUUUUUGUUACAAUUUUCCUCUUUAAACGUCACGUGUUUUAGUUGAUCUGUUGAUGUAAAUUGUGCAGAAGGGUAUGGAAAGAAUGGACAUUGGGGGAUAGUUGUCCACUUUAUAGCUAAGGUUACUUUCUGUUUUAAACUUAUGUAUUACAACUAGGGGUAUUAGAAGCUCAGCAGGUGGUUGGUUGGAAUUAUGUAUCUGAAUUCUGAAGUUACCAAAAGGUUGGUAGCGUUAGGAAAGGAAAAGGUACCCACCAGGAUGAACUUGUGCUACACAUUGGUUUUCUCAUUGAGAUAGGAACUAUGAGCGCUCAUUGGUUUUCUCA